AUGAAAACAUCUUCAUUCCCCGCCCAACAACAAACAUCAACGCCUACUACUACAACACCUAAAUCAUCGACACCAAAGGCUACUGGACUUGGCCUACUCUCUGUAUUACAAGCUGACCUUAGGUCCAUCUCACAAGAAGCCAAGGUCAGGUUCCCCCAACUCAAAGAUGCCUCCGAUCGCGGCAUCACCAUCCUCAAGAGUAUCGAGGAACAAUCAACCUCAAUCGAUGUACUCAUUCAAUCUCUAGCAAAGUCAGACGAUGUCCUGAAGCCUUUGCUGAUGGCAUGCGAUACCAAGAAUCAGAAGUUGAUAGCCUUUGCAGUUGGAUCAAUACUUAAGCUCAUAUCACAGUCUGCUGUAUCAAUGAGCACAUUACCAGAGAUCAUAUCAAAGAUGUCGACAUUGAUUGAGGUCGGAGAAGAGUCUGUCCAGCUAAAGGUACUACAAGGUCUGCUCAUAUUGAUAACGACAAUGAAUAGUCUGCAUGAUGACCUGCUGGCACAAUGUCUGGUGUUGUGUCUUAGACUCAAUGGCAACAACCGAAGCAUACACAUUCAGAAUACAUCAGCGGCAACACUGCCCCAGAUCAUACGUCAUAUAUUCGAUCGAGUCAUACUGGAACGCAAUGGUGCACUGUCGCCAUGCUCAUUGAGCAACAGCCAAUCACUCAUACCGCCACAUAUAUCAAUCGAAUCCACCAAUAUGAAUAGUAAUAAUAAUGGACAAGGACAUGGAACGAGUGGUGGAAGUGUAUCGCCACCCAGUCAACAGCAACAACAGCAUCAAUCCGUCAACUCCACUCCACCAACCACAUCGACCACAACAACCAUAACACCUUUGAUGCGGUCAUGUGAGGUGGACAUGCCGGUCCAAUCACCGCUCAUGGGGUCUGGAAGUCGGACUCCCUAUCUUCUCAAGCCAUGUGCCAAGGAUGCUUUCCUCCUUCUCCAGGAUCUCUGCUACAUCACCGAUGGUGACCAUCCAGUCUGGCUCCCUCCCAGCACCCUCUCCACACUCACCCAUGCCACUGGCAUGGAGCUGAUUGAGAUGGUUCUCUCCGCCCAUCAGAUCAUCUUCUUAGAGAUUGAGGAGUUUAGAUACUUGCUCAAGGAUAAGAUAUGUCCAUUGUUGAUCAAGGCAUUGAGAAUGAAGCUAAGCUUUGCCAACUCGGUGCGACUGAUGCGAGUGAUCACACAGUUCAUUUCAAAGUAUGGAAGGAUAAUGGUGGCCGAGACAGAUGUACUCUUGACAAAGAUGAUCAGAAUGAUGGACAGUGACAACCCUCAAUGGAUGCAAGUGCUGGCUUUGGAAUCAUUCAAAGUCUAUUGUGAGGAUGCUGCCUUGUUACGCAUCUUUUAUCAACAUUAUGACAUUAGUGGCGGAAAAAACUCUGCGAUGAUCUUUAGGAGCCUGACAUCCAGUAUUGGUAUCUACAUGCAGGGCUUUGCAACAGUCGACGGUUGCUUUGUCCACGUCAACACGAGCAAGAACAAACACUUGGACAUGUUGUCGGCCACAGACAUCCCCGACAUCAAGGAGAGCUUCAUCGUCACGCUGUGCACCGAGUGCAUUGCUGGCAUUGUCAAUAGUGUUGUCUCCCAGACCGACGACUCCACCAACAAUGAGUCACCCAAUGGCUCAGCGAGCACCAGCACUGUGGGUGGCGAGCGCCAGCUACUCGCACAGAUGGUCGAGUCGUGUUGGACCACGGUCUUGGCAUCGCUCUCACUGUUGCUUGGCAGGUCCAACGAUGAGCUACUACUUCAGAUCGCGCUCAAAUCAUUACAAUCAUUCACAAACACCUGUGGUCGACUCCAGAUGAGUGCCCCACGCGAUGCCCUGCUCACUGCGCUGUGUAAGGCUACCGUGCCCCCACUCACAUGGUCUCCCGCGUCAGGUGACUCAACAACAAUCGAAGUAUCUUCUUCAGAGUAUGAUGGACGACCAUCUGGAUUCACCCCUGUACUUGGAGGUGGACAGCAAGCGCGUGGCGGCGUUGACCAGUUUGGUGUGUACUCGCCCCAGCCACAACAAGCGCUCCCAACACAGAAGAACAUCAUGGCCGUCAAGACUCUGAUGAACAUCGCGCAUUGCAUGGGGUCCAUACUUGACGAGGCAUGGAUAUUGGUGCUGGAGACGUUGGAGAGUUGGGACCGCCUGCUCAAGCAGCAACAACAACAGACAUUGCAACAGCAACAACAACAGGACGAUAGAUCGCCUGUGGCAGGGUACGGCAGUCCACGCGUGGGCCAGGCCGAGCUGUCGAUCCUCAUGAACGCCAUGAACAAUCUCUUCAAGCGCACAUGUCAACUGGACGAGCGAUCAAUCAGCUUCCUGUUUGGCGCACUCUCCAAGCUUUGUUCUAACGCACUAUCCAAAUCGCCAGGUACGCCCAUCAACAUGUUCAGCAUUACCAAGCUUGUGGAGGCUUCCGUCUCGAACCUCUAUCGCAUCGACAAACUCUGGGGCUUUAUCUCCACACAGUUGGUGGAGACGUGCAACUUCCGAAACAGCUACAUACGUAUCUAUGGAGUCGAGUCACUCAUGCUUACAAUCAUCAAGACCGCGCUCCAGCUGCCCCCACCCAUCCACUCGGGAGCAGGCAAUGGCAAUGGCAAUGGCAAUGGUACCGACUCGCCGCCCAUGGUCAAUGGCGAAGGACUGUCCUUGGACGCAGGCGUCAUCAGUCCAGACUCAAUGAGUGACUUGGAUGACGAGUUGGAUGACGAUGACGAUCCACGUGAUCACACACAAUAUCACCAAAUCUCAUCAAUCGAUUCAAUGAGACGAUAUCGUCGAUGGAACAUCGAGAAGCUACAGGUUGAGUUCUUCAACGCCAUCGAAGAGAUAUCAUUCUCUCAAUAUCCAGACACCAAACAGAAGAUAUUGGAGUGUAUACAUCAGAUCCUGUCCACAUCAGGACACAUACUAUCGACUGCCUGGCCCGUACUCCUCUCCAUCCUGCUCAAGAUACCACAGACCAGCGACAAGUCACUCAUACUGGUGGCAUUCGAGAGUGUCAAGUUGAUAUACAAUGAGUUCUUGCCAAACAUGGCCCCGGAAUGUCUGGUGAUAUGCAUCGAGCUCAUCAAAGCGUUUGUCUCUCAAAAGGCCGACAUCAACAUCAGUCUGACGGCCAGCUCUGGACUCUUCUCCGACUUGACCUACUUCCUGGACCACGAGACAGCGCAACCCUCAUCCAAGUACAGUACUGUUGCGGAGGUUGAUGAAGAGGAUGAGUCAUCCAUCGAGGAUUCAAAGACCAGAGCGAUCAUUGCGGCAUCAUCACCAUACUUUACUGAUAAGGAUCAGAGUGUGAUCAAUAGGAUGUGGCUGUGUGCCUUCACCACGAUGAAGUCAUUAUGUAUUGAUCACCGUGCUGCAGUGAGGAAUGGUGUGAUCGUGGCACUAUUCCAAACACUCUCCAACUCUAUCCAUCUAUUUGGCAAGGAUCUCAUUUCGACCAUUCUCUGGAAGAUACUAUUCCCACUCAUUGAAGAAGUCAUCCAAUACUCUGUUCAAGCUGACAAAGAAAGAAUCGACUCUGAUCUUGGUGGAGGUGUGAUGUUACUUGUACAUCAUAGCAGGAAUACGGCACAGAAGCAAUGGGAUGAGACACAGGUGUUGCCACUUGGAAGAUUGAUCAUUUUGUUCAAGACUUACUUUGAGACGCUGAGUCAGCUGCCAACAUUCGUCAAGGCAUGGGAUAGACUACUGUACAUAUUACAAACUGAAUCAUUGUCAUCAAGUCGAGAGGUUUCAAUGUCUGCCCUGGCCUCAUUGCACGAGUUGAUAGGCUCGCCAAUAGUAGAGAGCACUCGACCAGACUUGUGUGAAUCAAUGUGGAGGGUGUACACCAAUUUGGCCACUCAACUCACCGAUCCAUCAGUGGCCAAUGCCAAGUCAUUGCAUGCCUAUGUGGUGGCCUUCCUGGAUCUGUACCACAAGUCCAAAGAAUCACUUAGCAACGCUCAAUUGAUAAGGAUGCUACAAAUCCUGUAUCCUCUUGGUCUGUGUUGCAAUGAGCCACCUUCCAAGACACUCUCCGUCCCUCAACUACAGACACUACAACUUCUUAAAUCACUUCCACCAAUCCACCCAGAUGUAUAUCCACAUGUGAUGGUGUUGUUAAUGACACAUAUUGCCAAUGGUAUUGGCUAUAAGUAUGUGGCCAGUUGUACAACAACAAAGGCAAUGUACCCGGAUGUGAUGAUCAGGGAUCUUGGACAACUGGCAUUGGUUACCGAGCGAUAUAUAGAGUUGUCCAGCGAACUAUACCUACAUCAAUCAACAAGUGAUGAGAUGAGAGCAGUGGUAUUUAGUGAUUUGAUCGAUGUAUAUAUGAUGGCCAUGAUGAUCAAGUGCACCAACUACAAAUCGAAUGUGUGGAAGGUUGCCACUGCAAACUUGAUCAAGGUCAUACCAAAAGGAUUGGCUGCAAUCAAUCAGGACACGACAGGAAUGGACGGUCCCACGAGACUAGCAAUAUGGAUCAAGCUGGCCGACUCACUUCAGCGCUAUAUAAUCAAGGAGAGAGUUGACAACUUGGCCACGUGCGAUUUGAGGUGGGUGGAGGACCAGUACGAUGUCAACCUUGUGGACAUCGUCGCCAACGAUAUGAUUGGAUUCAAAGGUGUCAAGAUUGAUGACACAUCAGUGGUCAAACAGAGAUUGUCGGAAAUACUCUAUCAAGGCUCGGUAAUGGGCAGUCAAGGACGUAUCGCGUUGUCCCAGGCCUGUUAUCGAAACAUGUUCUUCAUGUGUGCCAAGGCCAACAUUGGUAAUGCCGAGAGUGUGGACACUGCCAAGGAGGUGCUUCCAGUACUGAUCAAACGUUCCAAAGAAGUUCUCCAACGCUUUAUCAAAGAUGAGAGACAGAGUGGACAACUACCAAUGCCAACACAUCAGCUCUCAGAGGUAGUAUUCCUUCUAAAGGAAUUACGAUCACUGAGUAUAUCGCCUGGAUGGUACAAUAGCAAACAUAAUCGACCUCACCUAACUGACCUGGCACCGACAUUGAGUGAUUGUAUUAGUACAUCCGAACAACAAGUGAAGGAACAACUCAAGGGUAUCUUCCAUAUCAUCGUCAGCGAACUGAUCAUUCUUUGA